AUGGAUUCAAAAAAAAUACAGGCGUCAAGAGGCCCUCUACACAAGGCUGCUAUCAAUGGACAGUUCGAAACAAUAAAAGGACUUCUUGAAAGUGGUGAAGAUGUGAAUAAAAAAGAUCAGGUUUGAAUCUUGUACAGUUUAAUAUGUUAACCUAAUUUUAAGCCCGCUUCUCACGAUAAAUCGUCGUAUAGAUGACCUUCGCGUCUUAUGAAAGAGGCUAACGCAUUCUGAGUAUGCAUUAGUAUAACACGUGUUAUGUUGGAAUGCCGUUGCCCGGAUAUAAGACUAUUGAUAAGACGCGAACCAUUUGUACGGGCUGUUUGCGUCCUAUGUAAGACAUGCCAGCGUCUUAUGUAGGACGUGUCUUAUUGUUGUUUGCAUAUGUCAGCGAUCGUGUUCAUUUUAUUUUUGGGGGGUUUUUAAUACCUUCACAUCUUAAAAAUAUUUUAGUUAUUACAAACUUUUCGCUGUCCAGUUUCCUUUAAUCAACUUCCCCAUGUUUGGGAUCAGAACCAAAUUUAUUAUUCUAAACAGCAACAAAAACAAAAACUUGGUGAGGCUCAGAAGGGGGAAGUGGGCCCAUGUACUCCUGGAUAUUUGUGAGCUAAAGAAAACCUAGCACCAGGGUGAUACAUACACACCUCUAUUUAUAACUACGUUUUUUGUCCUCUUUUCUGUAGUUUUCUUUGACACCUCUUCAUCUUGCCUGUUGGUAUGGACAGGAAUCAGUCGUCAAACUGUUGUUAGAACACGGUGCGAACGUCAACGCUAAAGACAGGGUGAGUUAGUGAACUUUCUUCAAUUGAACAAUAUAGUACCCUGAAGGGGUGGGGUAAGAGAGGUUGUUGUUUGUCCAGUAUUACUGAUUCACACAGGAAUCCCUUUAUGUUGGCCAAUUAUUAAAUUUACCCUAGCAACAGUAUUGAUACAAACGCCCAUCUUACUAUGGUACAUACCAGGGUGGUGGUAAACACACCGGUAUGGAGGAGGGAGUUGGGCCUCCUCCCAGGGCCGACUGUGACCGUUCCUGAGUAAAGGUGGAAGGUGCACAGAAUUCUAUAGGGGAGGGAAUUGGGCCUCCCCCAGGGUCGGCUGUGACCAAUCGUGCCGAUAUAGGGAGGUUGGGCCUUCCCUCAUGGUCGGCUGUGACCAGUCGUGGGCCUCCCUUGGGCCCCCACUAACCUACAUGUAUAUCCCAGGAGUACAAAAUGUCGAGUCUAUGGGGGCGAAAGUGUGACGAGGGGAGCACCUUAUCCCCAUUCUCACCUUUAUUGAAAAACAAAACUGUCUUCAGAGUAGAAGUACAGGAUAGAAACAACUAAAAUUAACUAAUUUGAUGUGUCAUAUCAUUGCAUCAGGUGGAAACUCUCAACCGAAAGGGACAUCAAUGUGUUGACACAGAAAUUGAUUAUAACUAUAGUGAGUUGGAUGGGAGGGAAAAGGAAACUUCAAGAUAUUGUGCUUUGCUCGUGAAGAAAAGCCAGAGUGACGAAGCAUAUGGGAGUGCAAGCUAAGGAACAUGGCAGAGCGCCGUGUAGACCCCAUGUAAUUGGUCAAGUAAACAACCAAUUGUUCAUAGACUUCAAUUCACGUGAGGUUGCACGUGAAAAUUACUGGACAUGGGACAAAGCUACCAGCAACAGUUGUUGAUUAACUGAAAUUUAUCUCUAGUGAUCAAUAAAUUAUGAUCUCUUCGAACACGUUUUGAUUUGAACGUUUCAUUGCACAGGCAUUUGCUCUAAUUCCACCUGCGAAAUCGGCCUUUAACUCUUACCUAUAUCACCCUUAGAGGCUUGCUAUGUUUCCUCCUCUCUUUCUGUAUAUUUCGUGUGAGUGCUUUUUCCACCGCAUUUUUACACAUUAAAUGAAUCAGCUACAUUGCAGUCGUUUGUGGAUGUUGCUCGAAUUAUAGCAUUCCUGUAACAGAAUAGGAAUUGUUCUCUCACUGGAGGGGAACUGCUCUUUUUUCUUUGCUGUUUUGGAUUAUCAAUUACCUUUCCUACGCGAUCGAUACUUAUUAUUAUUAUUAUUAUUAUUAUUAUUUAUUUAUUUAUUUAUUUUCAAACAAAAAGAAAUAACAACGGGAAAAGAUUUUGUUCCCGCUAGACUACGAGUAGUUCCCCAUUUUUCCUCAGGGAUAGUAGAGUGAGCGGAACGCGAGCGCGCGUGAAAAUCACCCCACACGAGAAAAGGCGACACGCGGCGGGGAGAGAGAAAAAACACAUUUUUCUCUCUUCCCGCCGCGUGUCGCCUUUUCUCGCGUGGGGUGAUUUUCACACGCGCUCGCGUUUCGCUCGCUCUACUAUCCCUGAGGAAAAAUGGGGAACUACUCGUAGUCUAUGUUCCCGCAGGCUACCCAAACCGUUAUUAAUCUUUUCCUUUUUUGAAGAUUUUUUCUUUUGACGUUAACAUUAGAUUUUGUUCAAGAACAUUUAACUGAGUCCAUGCUUCAACACUUAUGUCCAGGAUGGAAUGCACAGUCAUGUCAAAUGCACACGAUUUUUUUUUUUUGUUGUUUUGAUUUGUUUUGGUUUUUAAAAGCUCUGCUGUGUAAUUCUUGUAGUUAACAGUACGUUGCGUUACCUUGUGUAGACAAAGCGGAGACAUGCAUUUAUGUAGAGUUACCUUAGUUAAAAUGUUUCUAUGAUAAAUAGUCAAAAGAAGGUAACAAGAAUAACUCUGCUUCAAUAUGUUUUUAGUUUCAGCGUACUCCUCUGCAAAAAGCCGAACGACAAAACCACCAUUCCAUAGUGCAGUUGCUGCUGAAGAAUGAUGCCAGGCCAUGUCCUCAUCAACCAGUAAGAUAUCAGAUUGUGUCUUUAUUCCCGUUUCCUUUUUGCGAAAUCUUCUUUCAGGAGACUUUUUUUAUGUAUUUAUCAACAAUGUUGGACGUUAUACGUUAUCGAUGCGAUGAUCGUAAACCAGGUAGUUGAAUUAACUGACUUGCUGUAAGCAUUAGCUUAUUCGUUGUCCGCACUAAUGUUUUAGGGUAUUGAGACGAUAAUAACUGAAAAGGGUAAGCAUUUUAUCUUUGAGAGCCAAAUGAAAUUCCCAGCUUAUAAAUAAACAAUACGUUUUUGACUUACAUGCAAAGUCUCACUUUAAAAAGCUGCGCGUGUGACUAAAGUCAAAAGUGCAAAGACGGUAAAAAGACAUAUAGUGGAAUCAAUAAGCCUUUAUUUAAGGAUUAGUUUAUUGGUUAUUCGAACUGAUGGUUUAGGGUACUGAGACGAUAAUAACUAAAAACAGGUUAAUAUUUUAUCUUUCGGACCCAAAUGAAAUAUCCCGCCGAAUAAAAAACAAACUUCGCUUUUGACUUACAUGAAAACUCUCACCUCUAAAGCCGCGCGUGCGACUGAAGUCUAAACUAAAUAAAUUACUCGGACCAAUGGCUUAAAGCGGUGCGAACAAAAGGUUUUCAUUACAACCCUCCUCUACUGCCAGCAAAAUUUCGCUUUGUGGAAAUUUUUGCAGCUGCGAAUUUUCGCCCUGGCGAAAUUUCGCGAGUGCGAAUUUUCGCUAUUGCGAAAUUUCGACAAAACGAAAUUUCACUUCAGUGGAUCCGAAAUUUCGCCAAGAUGACAACGAAAUUUCGUUUGACUCCACGAAAAUUCGCGAGCGCUUUGACGAAAUUUCGUGGCAAAAUUUCGUCGAAUUUUCGCGAGAACAAAGAACGAAAAACACCGAAUUUCCUUUGCAUUUCUUUUGCACAGUACUGUAGUUGUUAGCCUCCGGCCCUCUGUCGAAACUGACUAUUAAAAGCACUGCAACUCGGUAUUUCAGUAAUUCUAUUUUAUUAUGGUGCAUAGCACAUUUGUGUUAUCGCAAUGGUAAUUUGUUAGUUAAGGUUUUUUCGUUGUGCUAAUACAAAAGUUUUUAUUUGUUAUUAACCGGAUGCCAGGCCAUGUCUUCAUCAACCAGUAAGUUAUGGCAGAUUGUGUCCGAAAACUGUCUCACAUUUCUGCUUUAACUUACUCAGUGUCAAAUGGAUUCCCUCUUUAUUACUUUCUCUUAAAAACUUGGUCAUUUUUUAACAGGUCAGUCUAAAGAAACUCUCAAGGAAAGCUUUCAUUCAAUUGGAUAAACAGGCUGGAUUUCAUCCACUCCAGGCGGCUGUCUUAAAGAACAAAUAUGACAUUGUUUUGAAAGCUUAUGGACUUCCAAGUUAUAAAAGUAUCAAAGGACUCUAUAAUGAAUGUGCUAAGGACAACAGUGGACAGACUAAGCUGCAAGUGGCUACAUGUAAUGAUGAUGCGGAACAAGCUGUUGAGCUUAUACUAAAUGACGGUGCAGCUAUUAAUGCCCGAGUGUCAGGUAAUGAUUACACAGUUUUGAUGCAGGCGAGUCGUUCAUCCUCAAGUCAGUUCAUUGAGACCCUCAUUGAUCUUGGGGCCGACGUUAAUGGGAAAACAGAAAAGAGGAAAGAAACACCAUUAAAAUUAGCAGCUGUUUGGAACAACUAUAUGGCAGUGUGCUUGCUUGUAAGGCACAGAGCUUAUGUAGAUGUUCAGGAUAGUUAUGGAUUCACACCACUACACAUUUCAGUCAGAAAAGGUAGCGAAAAUCUUAUCAAAUUACUACUUGCAAAUAAAGUAGAUGUAAAUAUUCAAGAUAAAAGUAGAUAUACACCCUUGCACUGGUGUGCCUUUGAGGGUAACGAAAACCCAUGUAGAUUGUUACUUGAACACAACGCGGAUGUAAAUACUCAAGAUGAAGAUGGAUAUACACCCUUACACCGGUGUGUCAGAGAGGGUAACGAAAACAUCUGUAUAUUGUUACUUGAGCACAAUGCGGAUGUAAAUAUUCAAGAUGCAUAUGGAAAUACACCCUUGCACUUGACUGCCAGAGAGGGUAACGAAAACCUCUGUAGGUUGUCACUUGAACACAACGCGGAUGUGAAUAUUCAAGAUAAUCGUGGAUAUACACCCUUGCAUUGGUGUGUCAGAGACGGCAACGAAAACAUCUGUAGAUUGUUACUUCAACACAACGCGGAUGUAAAUAUUCAAUAUAAAUCGGGAUAUACACCCUUGCAGUGGUGUGUCAAAGAGGGUAGCGAAAACCUCUGUAGAUUGUUACUUGAAUACAACGCGGAUGUAAAUAUUCAAGAUAAAAGUGGAUAUACACCCUUGCACUGGUGUGUCACAAAGGGUAACGAAAACCUCUGUAGAUCGUUACUUCAACACAACGCACAUGUAAAUAUUCAAGAUAAAUAUGGAAAUACACCCUUGCACUGGUGUGUCAAAGAGGGUAACGAAAACAUCAUUAUAUUGUUACUUGAGCACAAUGCGGAUGUAAAUAUUCAAGAUGCAUAUGGAAAUACACCCUUGCACUUGAGUGCCAGAGAGGGUAACGAAAACCUCUGUAGAUUGUUACUUGAACACAACGCGGAUGUAAAUAUUCAAGAUAAAUAUGGAAAUACACCCUUGCACUGCAGUGCCUCAAAGGGUACCGAAAACCUCCGUAGAUUGUUACUUGAACACAAUUCGGAUGUACAUAUUUAA